AUGGAAACUAUCGAAGUUGACGUCCUUAUUUGUGGUGGAGGCAUGUCCGGCAUGUCUUGUGCCAACCAUGCGACCGGAGCUGUCGCCAAGGUGCUUGUCGCAGAGAAGCAGGGCCAUGUCGGUGGCUCAUCCGCCUAUUCGGCCGGGAUGUUCUGGGGACCGGAGACAUAUGAGAAGCUGCGUUCCUGGGUUCCAGACGGCGAUGCCAACUUGCAGCGCGCAUGGCUCGAUGACUAUCCUAAGGCUGUGCAGUGGAUGCGAGAUUCUGGAAUCCCUACUGCGGACAAGUUUGCUCCCAUUAUGACGAUUGUAAUCAAGCUCCUACAGCAAGAGCCUGGAGUCCCCGGUUCUCGUAUUACUGGCGCUAUCCUAGAGCAGAGCCGCCGGUGCCUUUUGCUCAACGAGCGUGGUAAGCGGUUUGCCGACGAGACGACCGGCGAUGAGAUCAUCAAUCAGCAUUUAGCCAAUGAGGAAACGAGACUCAAGUAUACCACCAAGUCCCUCUUCCCCAAUAGCGGAGACAUUGACCGAGUCGAGAAAGCUCGCCAAAGGGGAUGUAAUGUUACACAAUCGCAGUCAUUGGAAGGAAUACUCCAAGCUCUGGGUCAAUGGGGUGUGGAUGUUGCACAAGCACGUCGCUCACAGUUUGCGUACCUGAUGUCCAGGUAG